CUCAUAUUUUUUUAAGUAUUUAAAUGUUUCUUCAAUAACAACAGCGACAGCAACAUUGCGCAAUCGCAAAACAAAUUGAGAAAUCAAUCAUGUCUUAAGCAUGAAUAAAAACUUUCAAUUUACAAAAAUUUUCUAAUCUUCUUAUUUUUCUUAAAUUACAGACUCAAAGACGAUGGAAUUCCGCGAGCCGCAGCUUUACAACGAUCCUCAAAAUCUUGACUGUAAUUAAUUUCUUGACUCAUGGAGCGCAAGCGAAACUCAAUCUUUGCGAUGUUGAGACUGGUCAAACAAACAUUAUAUUGGACAUGGAGGAGAGUCGUGGCGAUCUCAUUGGACAGCAGACGACGCCACCCGAAUUACCAAUUUUUGGAGAUGCCGAAAAAGAUAUCGCACUAGAGUUGGUGUUUCAAAAGAUCGAACCAGUCUUUUCUCUCAGUGGAAAAACGUUGAAACUUUUAAAGCCACUUGAUCGAGAUAAAGACAAUUUAAGUCACAUAAUAUUCCAGAUUUCUUGCACCGUGAUAUCUUCGCGUCGAAAUCGAAACAUUCCAAUUAUCGUUCGCGUUUCAGAUGUUAACGAUAACGCUCCAGUCUUCGUAAAUACUCCAUAUGAGGUGACGGUGCCGGAGUCAUCGCCAAUCGGCAGCACAAUUUUUCGAAACAUUCUAGCUCAAGAUAAAGAUGCUGGUGUCAAUGGUCUUGUGGAGUAUUUUCUUAUUGAUAGUUCAAAGAAACUUUUGCACUCGAACGACACGGCAAAUGUUGCUGAUGGCAAUGGAGUAUUUGCCAUUUCAUAUCCACAUCAGGGACAGGUGACUGUGGCUAAGGCGUUAGAUUAUGAACGAAUCCAAAGAUAUUAUUUAACAGUUGUUGCAUCGGAUCGUGCGAGAAACAGCAGUGAAAGGUUAUCAGCGACAACAGUUUUAACAGUCAACAUUGCCGACUCUGAUGAUCUUGAUCCAUCGUUUAUAUAUCGUGGUUGUGUCCUUGUUGAUGGCGCUUGCAUAAAUCCCGAAUAUACAGCGACAGUUCCGACUGGGACACUGCAAGGUGUUCUCAACAUUCACCCUGAAAGAAUUCAAGCUGUUGACUUAGAUCAAAUAAGCGCUCCAAUUCGAUAUUCGUUUGUGAGUGGCACUCCGAGUUCCUACAGUGAUUACUUUGAGAUUGACGAGCAAACUGGUAACGUUAAGCAAACAAAGCUCGUUGAUUCAUCUGUGACAGCUCGUCAAUUCGACAUUAUGGUGCAGGCAGAAGAAGUCUCCGAAGCUAAACGAUCAACAACAGCUAAACUUACGAUCAAUGUUAAACCAGUUGACUCUUUUCCUCCUGUGAUUCAUGCAUCAGCAAUCGAAGGUUUUGUUGAUGAAAAUUCAUUGAUUGGAACAAAAGUUUUGGAUGCAAAAGGAAAUCCAAUCAAGUUAACCACAACCGAUGCUGACAUUCCUGAAGAUGGUGAAUUACCAAGUUAUUCUUACGAACUUACAACGCCUUCAUUUGUCAUUUCAAAAGAUGGAAUUCUUCUCGUCAAUGAAGAAAAUCUUGAUCGAGAUCCACCAAAUCCAUCAAAACUUCGCUUUCAAAUUGUAGCAAGAGAAGUGAAAGGAAAUGCCGCAAGCUCGCCUAUGUCAGUGACUGUAAAUUUAAAUGACAUCAACGACAACAGUCCGAAGCUUGCUUUGAUUCAACCAGUUGAGAUAACAGCAGGCGAUGAAAAGCGAUUAAUUGCGAAAGCAAAUGCGACUGAUAACGACAGCGGUGAAAAUGCUGCCAUUAUUUAUUCGAUUCAUCAUGUUUCUAAUAACGGAUUAAAGAAAUUUACAAUCGACAAAAAAACCGGUGAGAUUCAUACAAAUGGAAAGCUUGUCGCUGGUGAACGUUACAGUAUCACAGUUCAAGCUUCCGACAUUGGAAAUUUAUAUUCGCAAGCGAUUGUUGAAGUGACAGUCAUUCCUGGACCUAACACGAAGCCACCGAAAUUCUUGAAAUCAGUUUAUGAAGUUCAAGUGAGUGAAGGUGCUGACAUCAACUCAACACUUGUUGUAGUUAAAGCUGAAGAUCCCGAAAGUGAUCCCAUUCAUUACGUCAUCAUGUCUGGAAAUGAUUUGAGACAAUUUGCAAUUGCACCCGACACUGGCGUCAUAAGUGUCAUCAGAAAACUUGAUCGUGAACAAAUCACUCGAUAUCAGUUGAUUGUCAAAGCAGAUGACAAUGGUGGAUUGUCAAGUUCCGCAACUGUCAAUGUCAAGGUCACUGAUAUCAAUGAUAACAAUCCAACAUUUGAUGAGUCGAUGAUGCCAUUUAAAUUCCUAGUUGAAGAAGGAAAACAAAAUGAAAUUGUUGGCAUUGUUCAUGCGCAUGAUCCCGAUGAAGGUGCAAAUGCUAACGUCACUUAUUCACUUCCGGAUGACAUUCCAUUCAUAAUUAAUGGAAAAAGUGGAAAAAUUAGGACGAAAGUCGCUCUCGAUUAUGAAACACAAAAAGAAUAUAAAUUUGUUGUGACUGCUAAAGAUGGUGCACCUGACACAAGAUUAGGAACAGCAACAGUUACAGUGGAAGUCAAAGACAUUCCUGAUGAACUGCCAAAAUUUUCAGAGACACAAAUCGAAGUUAAAGUUCCUGAAAAUGUUCCAGACAUGGUUGUGGCAACUGUUCAAGCGAAAGAUCCCGAUACAAAACCUGAAAUUACUUAUGUGUUUAAGAAUGGACCGUCAGACUUAUUCAAAAUCGAUCCAAAGACGGGUGUCAUUAAAACUGUCAAAGGACUUGAUUAUGAAGAAGAAAAAAUGUUGGAAAUGAUUGUUGGCACAUCUGAAAAUCCUGGUCGUGCACCUGGUGACGUAAUCAAAGUCAAAGUUCUCGUUGAAGAUCGCAACGACAUCCCACCAGUCUUUGUGUCGAUUCCUGAACCAGUCACUGUCAGUGAUGAUCAACACAUUGGCUCGAAAAUCGGUUCAAUGCCAGCUGUUGAUGGUGAUGGAACAGCACCAGGAAAUACGAUUCGUUAUGAAAUGGUUGGACGUGGAAAGGCUUUGAAGUACUUCCAAGUAGAUCCCGACAAUGGCGAUGUGUUGAUUCGUGACGAUUUGAAGAAGGAAGAAGACACUGAAUAUCAAGUUGACGUUCGAGCUUAUGACUUGGGUGAGCCACAACUCAGUUCUGUUGCUUCACUUCCUGUGUUUGUCAAGCACAUAUUGAGCGAUCCAGUCAAGGAUUCAAGUGAAGUCAAAGCUGAUUCAGCUGUCAUUAUGAGCCCAGAGUCUGUGGGUUUGGCAUUCAGUGACGAUACUUACACCACAAGCGUGCCAGAAACCACAGGCUUAAACGCAACACUCAAACUCAUUCAAAUCAUCAAUUCAAAGAAGGCAACAAAGAAUAAAGUCGGCUUCAAGUGCGAGAUCGUGAGUGGUAACGAGUGGAAUCUUUUUGCUACAAAUAUUGAUGAUCAUUCAUGUGGCUUGAUGCUGUUGAACUCAUUAGAUUACGAAAACACAUCGACACAUGACAUUGGCAUUAAAUUGACGUCAACAAAAUAUCUUGUCAAUCCACAGAAAAGUUUUUGUCAUGUAAAGAUCAUUGUGCAAGAUCAAAAUGACAAUGCGCCGAUAUUUAAGAUACCGAAAACAAAUCGUGGUCGGAAUGACACAUUUUAUGGCGUUGUCAACGUUGACACUGAUAUUGAUACUUCGGUUAUACAGAUUAAAGCAAAUGAUGCCGAUUCGGGGGUGUUUGGAACGAUAAAAUAUCGAAUUUAUGAUGACGAUGAAGUCAACUUUGUAUCAAAAGAUGAUGCACCGAGUUCUUAUUUUACAAUCGUUGAAGAUUCGGGAUUAAUUAAGACACAAAAAUCGUUGCAAAAAUUGCACAAAAGACCAGUGAAAUUUAUCGUCGAAGCGAGUGAUAACAAUGGAAGCGAAGUUGGUGUCAUAAAUCGAUCAAAAGCUCGUGUCGUUAUCAAUCUUAUCAGUGACAUCAAUCGAAUGUCUUUAGCAUUUGCUGAUUCAAGUCCAAAAGAAGUUCGUCGUCAUGCUCGUGCUUUAGAAGAACUUUUACUUGAAAAGUCAUCAAAUCUAAUGAUAGGAAUUGAAAAGUUUAGUAAUCGACGUUCACUCGUGUCAAAUGGAACUGUUAUUGAAACACCUGAUGCAACUGACGUUUGGUUUUACGCACUUGAUCCACAAACUGAAAUGAUUUUAGAUCGAAACAACUCAGAAAUUCUCGACACUUUUCUUCAACCUUCUGCACAAUCACAAAUUAAUCUUGAAGCGUCAAGCAUAGCGCGAGCAACUGCUCAAGGCAUCUUUGCUCCAAUUGAAUCGAAACAGCAAAUUCAUCGAGUUAAAGCCGCCGUUUUUCUUGAUGAAGAAAUCUUUCCUUAUGUUCUGAUUUUCAUUUCUGCCGUCAUUUUGAUACUUGGAACAUCGGGAAUCGUUUAUAUUUGCAUAUCAUGGUCACGAUAUAAGAACUUCAAACAACAAAUGCGCCAAUACUCAGCGCCAACAAAUCCACCUCGCUACGAUCCCGUCAUUAUUAACUCGCCAGUUAACAACGAUUCAUCGGCCGCUAGUUUAAAAGAGUACGAGACUCAAGUGCUUGGCAUGGCCGUGAACGAAGACCAAGAUGACAUGCAAAUCGACUACAGCGCAAAGAAUCAUGCAUUCAACCUUGACAACGUAAGUUACAUUACUCAUAAGGAAAAUGGUCAGCAAAGUCCAACAAACUCAGAAACGUCGACAGUCGUGAUCGGAACGCUACAACGAAAUAAUCGCAUUAAUUUAUUAAACAACAUGAACAAUAAGCAAAACACACUCAAUAAAACACUCGAAAUGAAUCGAAAUAAUUACGCAAACCCAUUGAGCAUUGACACAAAUUUCAAAGCGGGAUCAACACUUACACUUGGGAGAAUCAAAUCAGAACGCAAUCAAAUUAUAAACGGUUAUGGCGACACAUUAAAUCGAAAUAAUUUGACAAUGGCUCAAAACAACACGUUUAGUACAUUGGGUAGAAAUCGAUCGAAUCAGCACAACAAUUAUAUGAAUCAGUCAUCACGCAAUGACUUAGGCUUAGCUAAUAAUAAUAAUCACAAUACACUUAAUCGAAAUCAUCGCUAUCAUGCUGAUCUGCCAAUAACAAAUCCCAUUUUCAAAAGACACCAAAGCUCUGAAAUGCUCAACGUUUGUGAGUCAAACGAUAAUGUUUACUUUGGCGGUAAACGUGGCGGCGUCGAUUAUUCACAUUUGGGCUUUCCAUACAACAUUGAUCGGUCUGAACAAGAGACGACAACCGAGUUGUAACAGUUUUCAACUCUUAAAUGAUUUAAAUUAAACAACAAAAUAAUUAAAGUGACAAAAGCAAGAGUGAUAAAUAGAUUGUAGACUUAAUAUUAAUUAAUCUUUCACAAUUAAAAUUAGACGAAAUUAUUUUUCUUUUAAUGUUUUCAACUGAAAAUUGUUCACUUGCGUUGCAUGAUGCAAGUGGGCCGACAAGUCAUUAGCUUAAAUUUAAUUAUUAUAUUGAGUAAUUUACUGUAGUUUAGUAUUGUAAAAUAUUGACGAAUUAUAGGCAAAAUGCAAUAAUGUAUUUAAUUAGCAAUAAAACAAUAAAAGGCGCAGUUCAAAGUAAAUGUCAA